GCGUGCACGUCCCUCUAACAGACAGAGGUGAAAGGAAAGUGGGAAUGAGAGACAGACGAGAGGGUAGAAGAGGAGCACAAUGAAGGAGUGCCAUUGUCCAUCCUGGCAGCACUGCCAUCACACCAUCUGCUGAGAGCGGGAGAGAGAGGAGGGCAGUAAAAAGAAGAGGAGGCAGCCAAACGGAGGAGAGGAUAGAUGGAGAGGAGCUGCCGGCAGUGACUUUGUGAAUUAAUCGAGCGGAAGAGCGGACAAGAGGAGAAACACGUUUUUCAGGGAGUGGACGGACGGAGAGCCAGAAAGAGGAAGGAGAGGACGGAUGACCGGACAGUCUGAGGCUGUUUAAAAAUUCAUGUGUAAAAAGAAGCCCAGCUUUAGAUGAAUCACCAUGGAUUUUCAACUGUAUGCUUUUUAAACCAAAAAGGAACUAUUUAUGCUUUGCCAUUCACAAAAAACUUGAUUAGUCUCCCUUUACCGAAUCAAUUUGAAUUACUUUUCUGUUUGUCUUUUUAAACAUAGACUCUUUGUGACAGGAUUUUUUAUUCUCUUUGAGCAUAUUCUGCAGGACGUUAUACAAUCUUUGUUAGCUGCUGCCGAGAAUAUUCAGGGUUUUAUGCAACUUUUCUAAACAUCACUGUUGUCUUUUAGAAGUGCGUGUUUGUGUAGUUGUUGAUACUGUAAUUAGGAAAGUGAUAAUUGUUCUUUUGAUAUAAUAACCGACUUUUUUGCAUGUCAUAGUCGGAGUCAGUGCAUGCAGCCGACAUGGGAGGUCAACAUUGAUUGGGUUUUAUGGCUGGCGCGACGCCGGUCAAACUUUGAUCAUUUCCUGUAACCUAUCGAUCUUUCUGAGUCUUUCGUUUUCUCCUCCUGUUGGCUGGAAAACAAGCUCCAAUGUGGAGCCUUUGAUGCAGCAACUAAUUGCCGUCAUGUGAUUUGACAAAGCAGUUAUCUCUUUGUCUGAGGAUUUCUGUGGUUGUCCGGACGGUAUAUUUCCUCCGCAGGCAUCUCUUUUUUAAUGUCUGUUGCCAUGGCAACGGGCAGCAGCUGCAGACAGACCAAGAUUCAAAGUUGUUUUUUGUGUCUUGUAUUUUAAACCGGUGCUGUUCGUUUAGGAUAACUGUGUCUAUUUAGUAGAUAAGAACAACUUAGUGCAUGGUUGUGUGCAGGUUUUUUUGAGACUUUCAUUCUUACAGGAAUGUUUUCUCUCUUCACUAGACAUCCUUUGUCUAUUCGGAGCGCAGCAGUCUCCGAGAUAUCAGGGUUGUUUCAGGUCACCUGUCUCCCCCUCCCCAUUCUGUGUUUUAGUCUAGUGUGAAUCGGCGCAGCCCCACUUGUCCUGAUCUCACCUUUUAUCAACGGCAACUACCAUUUUCAUCAGUGAAGCUGCCAAUAUCAGGAAUGACUGCAUAAAUGAGAUUAUCGUGCUGGUGUCACUUGUACAUGUCACUCUGUGCAGCUGCCGUGCCACUAAUCACGAUCAUUACUAUAGCUCUUUGUGACAGACUGUUCCCCUGACUGUCUGCGUGUAGGUGAGUCAGGAUUUAUCCUCAUGUAGAGGGUCAAUUCCCCUGCAGUCACCUGACCUACACUGUGUUCUGUGCAGUCAAACAUCUUGGGGCAAGGCAUUGUCAAGUCUGCUCAUAGAGACUGUCAGCAUAUGUGUGGAUUUUCCUCUCUUGUGUUCAUUUAGGAUCUUUUGCCUUUUUUUAAGUACUAAUUCCCUCUCAAGACUCAUUUCUGUUUUAAUCAGGGGUGUGACAGACAAUGCUGUUUGUUCUGCCUGCUCUUUGAUUGUCCAAAAACAGGGGGUCUUUUGUGACUUUUUCCAGCCAUACUUCUUUACAGUUUUCUGGAGAUCAUCCCAGCCUAGCUGGCAGUGUGUUAGUGUGACUCGAUCCUCCAUGGUGCUUUUUGGCCAAGACCAGAAGGAUGACUAGCUAGAAUCGCUAGACAAUCCCUCUGCGGUGCUAGACCGGUGUGGGCGACUGUUCCUUUACCAUGCAUUCAGCGCCCACUACAAGCUGGUGCGUAGUUCUUUGAACACAGUUAAGUUCGGAAAUGCUAGUGUGUGGAAAAAUCAACCUCCUCACUUUGCAUUACUGAAACUUCGGAUUCAAAGUGUUGUGUAAGUGGUGUAGGCAAGGUGGUGUAAAUCUUGCUCUCCUUUCGUGGACCAAAGGUCAAGAGACUGUAAAUAUAACGGGUGCGGAAACGGCACUGAAAGGCCAGCCAGCCUGCUGCAGGACUGUAUGUGUAGCCUUACCUUCUACUGAGAUCAAGCUGCUGCACAUGGUUUUGUUUGUCAGACUCUGCAAGAGACUGUUACUGUAAACAGACUGUUGUUUGCCUUCUAGGUUGGACUAUGCAGAAUAAGGGAUGUUAUUCAGCGUCUGUACAGUAGUGUGUACUAGAACUGAGAGCUAACCGGCUGCUUGAUAAGCCCUGCCUUAGAUAAGGUUCCAGAGUAUAACAUGUGGCCUGUUCAUAUCAUAUAGGGCUCUGUCUAAGCUCUUCUCUCAGGAAACUGACUACAAUCUGGGCUUGUUAUUUUAAACCAGGCAGGAAGUAAGUAACAGGGUGAGAUACCAACAGAUCCAAGUUUUUAUUUGAGCCUCUACAGCUUGGUGAGUUCAACUCCCAAGAGCAUCCAGCACCAUUCAGGGAACGCUGGGUUGAGGGCUCAAACCGGACAAUUCAGGUCUAAUUACCAUCACAAGCCCACCGGUAGUCGUCAUCAGCCAAUGACCUACAUUCUCUGGUGUUACAUCACCACCGUGCUACUGCAGAGUGUGUCACUGUACUAGACACAGACAACAUCUCAGAGUCAGCUUACCACUAUCUAAUGGUGCUCUAGAAAAAAAUAAAAACGUCUUUACCGAGGUGGCCAGUUUUGGAAACACACUUGAACCAAGGCAGCCUAACUUGUUUUAGCCAUAUCAGGAACUUCAGUCAGGAACGGGCCAAACUCUGACCGCCCAGUCUUAUACUCACUUUUUUUCAGUUUUCUACUAGUGUCUAAGUAGGUGAGCGUGCCUGGCCUCUAGAUCCUUAAUUUUAAGGUUGGCGAAGUGGAAAGGGCUCACAGGGCUCACCUUUAAUUUAUUAUACAGGGGACUAUUAACCUGGACAGCCUGGAGAACGGGCGAGCAUACGAGGGAGGGGGCGAGGGGGAGCGAGAGAUCAUCUGGAAGAGGAGAGAGGAAGUGGUGGCGAGGGAGAGGGCGGAGGCGUUGGAGAGACAGAGAUUGGCAGACUACAUUGUGUGGAGGAAGAGAGAGGGCUUCCAGGAGAAGAGAGACAGGGAGAAGGGAGGAAAGGGUGCAGAGAACGAGGCUGUGCCAGAAGUUAUCUGGAAAAGGAGAGGAGGAGAAGAAGAGGAAGAAGGUGACGCAGGGAGGGAGAGAGCCAGGGCCAUUCAGAGAGGACAUGAUAUCAUUUGGAGGAAGAAAGAGAGGGAGUAAAACAGGAAAGAUUUGAGAUUAAGAUGCACUUGAAAGUAGGUGUUAGAGAAAGCGUGCUGCGUUGGAGACUAGCCAUACAUCAGUAAGCCUCCUCUCUCUUCCUUAGUAGCUUUAUUAAGGUCUCCAGGUGCUCACUGAAGUAUCAAAAAACAAUUGGAUUCAUGCAUUUUGUGUGUUGCUGGAGUGUUCAUGCGUGCAGCCCCCUUGUGAUCCCCCUCGUUGGCUGCUAACAGGAUUUUUAUAGGCAUGUGUCAAGCAGGAUAGAGCUGCUUCACACUUCCACGCAUGUACACACAACAACACACAGAUAAUCUAAGAAGCAUUGUGGGCAGGGGAAGGUUUAUACUGCCUCACACACGUGUCAACACAUCACAUAUGAGAGCGCACCCCUCAGUGCAAAGACACAUGGGAGGGGGCGUUGAGAGACAAUCACUUGUGUUGAUUCUCCAUGGUGCAGCAGACAGCUGGAUAACAGGCCCUCGCUGAGAGGCUAUUAAGUCCGGACAAGAAACUCACAGAUAUUGUUUUACAUUGUGGCAAAAACUCCAAGAUGAACACUUUGUGGAGCGCUAACGCUGUCACCCUCAGUCCCUGGGAACACAUGAACCUUGACGCAGAUUUAAAAGUGAACUGAUGACAACAUGAUAUGCACUGGUGCAGAAAAAAUAAACUUUUUUCAUCGGCUUCUACCGUUAACUGGGACACAGAACUUUUCCUCCUCUCAUUCUCCUUUCAUCGUGGCUAUAGCCGUUUUUGAAGCAGCUGGGUUUUUGUCGCCUGGUAACGAGUGGAGGACAGACAACCAGACAGAUGGGUGCCGCUCUUAUGCUGAGGGAGACAUACAGAUGGCUGUGUGUCCUUGUAGAGAAAAACUUUGAAUACUGAGACAAAGAGACUUUGAUUGAAUCACUAGAGACUGUGUGGAUUUAAAGACUGACACUGCAGAUUCACUAUGGAGCUUGUUCCAAAAACCAAGUACACCCACUUUCGGAGUGAAUCGUUGAGCUCAACUGAUGAAACAAACUCCAAUCCAUCAUCGUUCCCUCCUUCCAGUCCGGCCACCCCGCUCACUCCCUCCCCUGGUUUACCUUCCUCUUUCUCCUCCUCGUCUCUCACUCCCAUCUUGCCCCCCUCCUCUCCCUGCCAGGCCGAGAAUAGCCCCACCACCCUCUGCUCCUUCUUCCCCAGAAUGGGAUCCCUUCGCCUGGGUGUCUCUGCCACUCUUCUCCCUGGACUCAAGGCCUCAAGAGGGCUGCAGCUGCCUCAUGUGCCUGUUGAGUCCUCUGGGGACGACAGGAGCAACUCCAGCUCCUCCCCUCUUUUUCCUCACCCAAUUCCCCCUCUAACCGCUCCUUCUCCCCCUCCCCGACCUCCUCUGCAGGACAUGAACCGGCUGGGCGGGGCGUCCAGGAGGGCACGCGUGGAAGGAGGGCAGCUGGGAGGAGACGAGUGGACGCGCCAUGGCUCCUUUGUCAACAAGCCCACCCGCGGCUGGCUGCACUCCGACAGUGUGGUCACCAGCGCCGGUGUUUCCUACAGUGUACGGUACAUGGGUUGCGUGGAAGUGCUACAGUCGAUGCGAGCGCUGGACUUCAACACCAGAACUCAGGUCACCAGGGAGGCAAUCUCCGUGGUGUGCGAGGCCGUGCCCGGAGCCAAGGGAGCCCAGCGCCGGAGAAAGCCUUCUUCUCGCUGUAUGACAUCCAUCCUGGGGAAGAGUAACCUGCAAUUUGCCGGCAUGACAAUCACCCUCACCAUCUCGACCAGCAGCCUCAACCUUCUGGCCGCCGACUGCAAACAGAUAAUCGCCAACCAUCACAUGCAGUCCAUCUCCUUUGCCUCUGGAGGAGACCCAGAUACGGCUGAGUACGUAGCAUACGUGGCCAAAGAUCCAGUCAACCAGAGAGCUUGUCAUAUCCUGGAGUGCUCAGAGGGUUUAGCCCAGGAAGUCAUCAGCACCAUCGGCCAGGCCUUUGAACUGCGUUUCAAACAGUACCUAAAGAACCCUCCCAAACUGGUCACGCCUCAUGACAGAAUGGCUCCGUUUGACGGUUCUGCGUGGGAGGAAGAAGAUGAUGACGCUGCUCCACCUCCUGACGUCCCUUAUUAUAAUAAUUUCCCUGGAAAACAGCCUCCCCCUGGUGGACUGGUGGACAUGAGGACCCGCCCAGGUGCCACGCUGCCUUAUGGACAGCCAGGCCAGAAUGACAUCCACAGGCAGCCUCUGCCGCCUCUUCCAGUGGGUGCCAAAGAAGGGGGACGAGAACUGUUUGAUGACCCUUCAUACGUCAACGUUGACAAACCCCGUCCCCCGGCUGCAGCUAAUGGAAAUGCUCACAGAGAUGCUUUUGACAUGAAGCCAUUUGAUGAUGCCCUGGGCGUCUCUGGACACGGUGGCCCAAACUCGGUUUCAGCAGCGCCCCCUCUGGUGCAGCAGUUGCAGUGCGAGGCCUGGUUCCAUGGUAGCUUGAGUCGCAAGGAAGCAGAGAGGCUUCUGACCCGCGAUGGAGACUUCCUUGUGCGAGAGUCUGGAACCACACCUGGACAGUAUGUCCUCACGGGACAGCAGGGGGGUCAGCCCAAACACCUGCUACUAGUCGACCCAGAAGGAGUGGUUCGUACAAAAGACCAUCGGUUUGAAAGUGUGAGUCACCUGAUCAGUUACCACAUGGACAACAGACUCCCCAUCGUAUCUGCUGGUAGCGAAGUGUGUCUGCAACAACCAGUAGAGCGCAGAGCCUAAAGUUAAACGAACCAAUGAAAUACUCCACCAAAUGAACACACUCCUGAAGCAAACACAAGACAAAGACACCUUCAUAUGCUUCAAACACAGCAACACUACACUUAAUAAAGACUCAUACAUACAUAUACAAUAAUAAAUAUGCACACAACAUUGCAAAGAAAGCCAAAAAACAAAAAAAUAUCUGUAAAUCACACACUUGCUGCUGUUGCUACAUAUUCCUUUCCUUUCCUAAAGCCGAACUGUGACCUGCAGUCCUCAACCCCAAACAACUUUCAGGCGCAUCCCUCCGACACGGAGAAACACCGCUGCAAUUUCUCAACAGCCUACUGUGAACCAGGGAGGAGCCCUUUGCUAAUUUUAAAACAGGGCGAAAAAACUAAAUGCAUUUUUUUUAUAAGGAAAACAUUAACAUGCAAUUUAUGAAAAAAAGGACACUUAACUAAGGAAUCUUGUACAAAAAAAACCUGAAACACCAAGAAAGAAGCAUUAAUGGGACAUUGAAUGAGAUUUUCAGUGCUAUUAGCCUCGUGUUGUCUCAUUCGGCGAAAUGAUUUCCCUCCUCACAUUGUUGCUGGAGCAUAUUUGGCAAAACAGGAACUGGAUGGUAAUGAUUGUUUGACACAGGUCGGGACAUAAACUCUUCACUUCAAGUGUCACUGGAGCACUUCAGCAGCAAACCUGACUUUAAAAACAAACAAAAAAAGCCUGGUGAUUAUGCAUAAACGAGUUUGCUUCCAACCUAAUCAGGAGUGGCUGCCCCAAGCCACUCCGCUUUUAAGGACUUUUGAACUUUGACCCCUGGAGUGAUACCUGGUGAUGAUGAAAACCUGUAUGCAAAACUGGGGGACUGCUAUGCCAAUGACCACGUCCUUUUGUUUUUUUACUGUUAUCUUGGGACUCAUUACUUCUAGGACAUUCUGAGGAGGAUCUAAACAGCUGUAUCUCCCUAAUCCCUCCGUAAAUACACCUUUACACCACACACAGUCUGCACCACCUGUCAUGCCAAAGAACAUGAAUUGGUUGCCAACAGCAGAUAAAGCCAUGACAACUAUAAGCGAUUAUCUAUCAUGUAGGCUUACAGCAUCGGGAGCAAGUUUAGAUUUAAUAUGCAUAUUAAAAUUGGCCUGAAUUAGAGGGGAGAAGUAUCUAGCUGAUUGUGUUUGACAGAGAUUUUGUACGUAAAUUGUGCAAUGUUGUCACCCGAAAAACACAAUAGCAAGUCUGUUCAGAGAAGUAUCAUUUUGACGUGUUGCUUCUCAUUGACUGUGUGUUUGCACUGACAAUCUAUGGGGUAAAUCUUUACGGAGGAUCACGACUUAAAGCAAAGGAGCUAAAAAAAAGAGCGCUUUAAACCUAGGCAAACAUUGAACAGUCCAUGCAAUCAAUCUCCCUCUGUAAAAUGAUGCAAAUAUGUCAUUGUAACUGGUAAGGUGAUUUUGUGAAUCGUGAUGUUGCUUCAUUUUUCAAUCACUUGAGGGAAUCAUGUCCUUUGAAAAAAAAAAAAAAACUGAGGUGGUUUGGGGGUAACUGAACAUUAGGACAUACAUGUUUCUGGAGCAUUGCUAAUGUUAAGCCAAAUGUUGUUCCUCAGUGUGCUGUUUUCACAAACUUUGAGGAUCUAGUGGGGAGAAGUUCACGCCAUUGUUUGUCUUUCUCUAUUUCUGCUUCCUCAGUUCGUGGUGAUGAUGAUGAUGUUGUGUUUUUUUAUAUCUUUUUAAUUGUGCCUUGUUUCUUCAAUGCAGUCACGUCACUUCAAUGCAGUCACCUUAUGUACUUAAUUCAAAUGUAGUAGACUACAGGAGAAUCUAACACAAGCCUCUCAGUUAAACAAAGUUAAACAAAGACUUUGCAAAAAUGACACUCCCAACAAACAUUCACACACAGAUCCAGUGAUGGCAAUCUCCUCUGAUGCACAUUCUUGCAUUCAGCUUAUAGUCACAGAUACUUGAUGUCAUCGUGGAGGGAGGGGUAAUUUCCUGACCAUCUGUAAAUAACAUAGACUUUUGAUUGGUCAGUUCAAUGUUGGAUUAUUGUUUUCAUGUCCUUAAUGACUUAUGUGAUACAAUUUUUUUUUUAAACACAGCACUGAGGUAGCUCUUUUUAAAUCCAAUUGAACUUGUCAAAUAAGUCGAUGCCAAACUCUAGAAACAUGAGAAGGGAUCUUUUAAGCUUAACUGUCAACUAGUCGUCAGACCCUAAAGCGGGUUCAUAUGUAAUCUAACAUGCACACAUGCACAUACCUGAGUGACAGCUGGGUCAGUGAGAAACACACUCCUGCUUAGGUUUUUGUAGGUCAGCGAUGGGGAAAACUAGACCUUUAAGAUCUGCCUUACUGUGAGUGUGUGUUCAUAAAGUGACCCACUUGACCCUCUGCAUCAUUAGUGAACCAUUCCCGUGUUAUCAUCCUACAUCACAGAUGCCUUUGUUGCAUGAAAAUCAUUUUUUUUAUGUGUUGUUUGUUGUUGGUGAUGGUGAUAAUGUUGAUGAUGCUGUUGUACUUUUAAAUUUGUGAAAGCCAAAGGUUACUUUUGAGUAGCGUGCAAAGAUAUUGAUUUUUACUUCUGUGUUUCUGUUUUUUAGUACUUUUUGUUCUUAGGGAAACAUUUGUGUUUACACCUGUAUCUGAAAAUAUAGAUUGCAUAUAUAAAUACAUAUAUCAUUCA